AUGAAGAGAAUAGAGCAGAACAUAUACGAGCACCCUAAAAGUUUCUGGUCAUUUGUGAAUAAUACUAACAAAAAACCACCGUUACCUGACACAAUGUUCUACAAUAAUCAAUCACUAGAUUCGCCUCAAUUAAUUGUUAACGCAAUUGCUAACUUAUUCGCUUCUAUAAAUUGUGGAAUUUUUUUACAGACCCAUCAAUCUGUUAAUUUCCAAUCAAUUUCUGAUCAGGAAAACGUGACUGAAUUUUUUACUCCAAACUUAAUCAUCAAGGCGGCUAAGUCUCUUAAAUCAAAUUCUACGGCAGGCCUUGACGGGAUUCCAAGUUUUCUCGUGAAAGAUUGCAUAACUACAUUAGCAUUUCCAUUAUCUUACAUUUUUAAUAUCGCUCUAAAUACUGCUACCUUCCCGAGAGUCUGGAAGACCGCCAAGGUCAUACCUGUUUUUAAAUCUGGUGAUAAGACCGACUGCAAGAAUUAUCGACCCAUUGCUAUUAUUCCUAAUUUUGCUAAAAUUUUUGAAUUUACUAUUAAACAAACUCUUAAUAAUGCUAUUAAGUCUAUUGUCUCUGAGAAUCAACAUGGUUGUAUAACGAAGAGAUCAACCACGACUAACUUAGCAAUUAUAACGCAUUUCAUUACUAAAUCCUUGCAGUUGGGAUAUCAAGUUGACGUGAUUUAUCUGGACUUUGCAAAAGCCUUCGAUUCAAUUGAUCACACAAUCCUAGGACGAUCUUCAUGCGAUCUCGCUCUGGUGCACUGA